UGUUUCAGUAGACAAACUGUGUGUUCUUGUUUUGGAGCUAGUGCAGUGGCUCUCAGCUGUUAUUCCCAUGAGCAGGUGGUGUAAACCAAUAGCUCAAUAGCUCUAUUCUGUAAGUACCCUAGCAGAAAGCAGCAUAGCUGUCCUCAGGGAGAGCCCUUGAAGAGAUUCCUCUUAGUGUGUGCGCGGAGGGAAGCCAGGAAAAGGACUACAUGAUGAAGUUCUGCUGCGGACUCCUGUUGUUCAGCUCAGCUGGUCUGGUACUGAGCUCUGAACAUGAAACUCGUCUAGUUGAAGAUUUAUUCCAGAAUUAUAAUAAAGUGGUGCGCCCAGUUGAAGAUCAUCAUGAUACAGUUGUAGUCACAGUUGGACUGCAGCUUAUUCAGCUUAUUAAUGUGGAUGAAGUGAAUCAAAUUGUAACAACCAAUGUACGCCUGAAACAGCAAUGGAUAGAUGUCAACCUAAGGUGGAAUCCAGAAGACUACGGUGGUGUGAAAAAAAUUCGUAUCCCAUCCAGUGAUAUCUGGCGCCCAGAUCUUGUUCUUUAUAACAAUGCAGAUGGUGAUUUUGCUAUUGUUAAAGACACCAGAGUUCUUUUAGAAUACACAGGCCUGAUCAUAUGGACACCACCAGCUAUUUUUAAAAGUUACUGUGAAAUUAUAGUUACACACUUUCCAUUUGAUGAGCAGAACUGCACUAUGAAGUUGGGCACUUGGACAUAUGAUGGUACAGUGGUUAUUAUCAAUCCGGAGAGUGAUCACCCAGAUCUGAGUAAUUUCAUGGAGAGCGGUGAGUGGGUGAUGAAAUACUACAGAGGCUGGAAGCACUGGGUUUACUAUGACUGUUGUCCUGACACGCCCUAUCUAGAUAUUACCUAUCACUUCAUCAUGCAGCGUUUACCUCUCUACUUCAUUGUGAACGUCAUCAUUCCCUGUCUGCUCUUCUCAUUUUUAACUGGGUUAGUGUUUUAUCUACCCACAGAUUCAGGUGAGAAGAUGACUCUAAGCAUUUCUGUUUUGCUGUCUUUGACUGUGUUUCUUCUGGUCAUUGUGGAGCUGAUUCCUUCUACCUCCAGUGCAGUGCCCUUAAUAGGCAAAUACAUGUUGUUUACCAUGAUAUUUGUAAUAGCUUCAAUCAUCAUUACAGUCAUUGUAAUCAACACCCACCAUCGUUCCCCAAGUACUCAUACUAUGCCACAAUGGGUCAGAAAGAUCUUUAUUGAUACAGUGCCAAAUGUUAUGUUUUUUUCAACAAUGAAACGGCCGUCCAGGGAUAAACAAGAGAAACGGAUUUUUACAGAAGACAUUGAUAUUUCCGAAAUCUCUGGAAAACCAGGUCCUACUGCUGUCAGCUUCCACUCCCCACUCACCAAAAACCCAGAUGUGAAGAGUGCUAUUGAGGGAAUCAAAUACAUUGCGGAAACAAUGAAAUCAGACCAAGAAUCCAAAAAUGCUAUGGAAGAAUGGAAGUUUGUUGCAAUGGUAAUUGAUCAUCUUCUUCUUGGUAUCUUCAUGUUAGUUUGCAUUAUUGGAACAUUAGCUGUAUUUGCUGGUCGUCUGAUUGAAUUAAAUCAGCAAGGUUGAACAUGUUGUAUACCCCUGGUCUGGGGAGCACAGUUUUAUUGACAGCAUUGUCUUUUACUGAAUACAUUCUAUUGUGCCACCCACUGUAUUCAGCCCAGCAGUCUGAAGUUUCCACAGACAAGAAUUCAUUCUCACUGGGAAUAAAUGGAGAAGAUAAAACUGAAUCUUACACAUUUAGCCACUUCUUUAGAAUGUCUGGGCCACUUCUUGAAGGCUUCUCUUUCAAAAAUGCACAUUUUUGAGCUGGUAGUUUGACAGCCCUGGGGAACAGUCUGCUACCUGUUUGAAUACAUUUUAAUGCUAAUUAAAAAAACCCUAAAAUAUAUAAAUAGAACGUUUACUUUAAAACCGCCUCAAAGCCAAAUUCUGUCCCCAGCUGCAGCCUCCACCAUUAUCUAUCAAUAAAAAUAGGAUUUGUUACUAACAUGCUUUAUCUGGGUUUUAAAUCAAUAUCUAAACUUUUAGGUUGCAAGCUGAUUUCAAAGCUCUGCUGUGUGCGUUCUGUAUUGGCAGCGUCACAAAUUAACCUUCCACUAGCAAGACAUGCCACAGCAGAAGGCUUAGACAUGCCUUGUUAAGCUUAGUUUUCAAAUACCACUCAGAAAUGACUCGUGAUAAGUGCUUCUGUUCAUGGGAACUCUACUUGACUCUGUAUGGAGGAGGCAAUUUUACUGUUAGGCAGUUAUGGAGAGAAUCCAGCCCAGUGCAAUGAAUGCACAUGUGCAUUUUUUGCUGCCCCAUUUCCCUGGAGCCAGGGCAGGCACGGCUGCAGGUACCAACUGUGGAGGGAGAAUUUGCACCUUUGGCACAGAGUCCAGUUCUAUGAUUGGCUCAGAGAGCCAGUGUAAAGGGAGCUAGCUGUUAGAAACAGGCUAGAAGGAUGAUCAAUAUUUAAAGCAGUCCAGUAACACUAAGCCUUCUCAUCUGAUUGCAGAAGGCUGUUACCACCACAGUUUAGAACAAUAGCUCAGAAAGGACUGCUUGCAGGUAAACAUGUUGCUUCCAUUCCCCUGACUAGCCUCACAGAGUUCCCUGAACAAAGCCUGGAAUUUUAUCUUGUAUGCAAGGGGAGUUUUACACAGAAAGUCAAACAAUAAUCCUGACUCCCAUCAGGCAUCCCUCAAGUGAAUCAAACUUGUAUGAAGUUGGAUUUCCAUAACUAGAUGUACCAGGUCUUCUUUCCGAGCCCAACAUCACUGAUUCCCUUGCAUGCCUCCCUCAUUUCAGUCUUCCAGUCUCUAUUGAAUGGAUCAUAUAAGUAUAUGAAUUCAGCCUCUACAUAUAAAUUCUAGGUUGAGGGAUUUUUCUUAAACUGUUUGUUACGAGUAUUAGUUAAAAUUCUAGCUAUGUUGAUUUUUUUUUUUUUUUAUCUUGAUGCACAGAUAGCAUGGUAUUUGUUUGACUGGUUGUUUAGAACUAAUUUGUGGAGAUUUGUAUUUCUGGUCAAUUUUUUUAUGAAUAUUCACUAAUAUUGACUUAAAAUAUGUUCAAUUCACCUGCUUUCAUUUUGUUCACUGAUUUAUUAUUAUACAAAAAGGGUAUUGAGCAUGGGGAAGAGAAUCAAGUUGUUUAUUUAAUCAUACAUUCAGAGCUUGAGCAUACAUGACUUGAUGUGUCCAUCUAACUAAAAUCAAGAAUCUCACUUUAACCAGAAAUCAGAAUGAUAUUCCCUGAAAGUGUCAGGGUGCAGGUUAGCCCAGGGUACUUGGACACAACUUUUUAUCUUUAGAUUGCUGGCUUCAGUCCAGUUCAGUUGAUUCAUAAUUGUUUGGUGACUGUUGAUUUUCCUGUGUGCAGACCCAGUUUUUAUCAUUUUUAAUUAUAAAGUGACAUGGAAGUGUGGCCUCUGGCACAUGGCCCUCCCAUGGCCAACCUGCCUUGCUUGUUAGUAUGGAAUGGAAGGAAAAAGCCAUGGCCCUGAUUCCCUUAUUGCCUUGGGGCAGUGAUUCUCAACCAGGGAACUGCAGCACCCUAGUGCCUUGAGAGCCAGCCUCUCAAGGGUGCAGUGGGAUGCUGCACAAUGUUAGCACUGUUACAAACAUACUGCACAAGAUAAACCCAGAGUUUUCAAGUAUGAAUCCACAGCAUUAAAACAUUCUGCCCCGUAGCGAGUUUUUGCAACAGAAGAAACAUUUCCUUCUGAGUUUUUUAAAACAGAAGAAACAUUCUAGUAUUUUUCUGCACUCAAAAAAGAAAAGAAAAAAAGAAUGAAAACUAAGAGCUGGCAUUUUCUGAGGGGUGCCUUGAAUCUCAGACUGCUGAGAACCAGUAUUCCAAAAGUGUGAGAACCCACUGGCUGAAAACCAAGCCUUAAGAGACACACACACAGAGCAUUGAAAAUCAAAAAGGCAAACCUGACCCUGAUCCAACUCCCUCUGAAGUCAGCAGGAGAAAUUACCCCAUCCAUUAGUACUGGAUUAUGCCCUAAAUGCAAAACACUGUUUCCUGUCCUCUGAUAGUCCAUGUAUGUGGUGAGGUUUCCAUGAAUGUAUCCUCCCCUAACUUGUAUACAUCAUGCAUUCUUGUGAAACGUUGUUUCCUUUUAAGUAUGUUUGCUAAGGGAAAACCACUCAACCAGUGUUAACAAUAUUAAUGUUAAAGCAACAAGGAAUGUUUGUGAGAUACUAUUAAAACCAAUAAAACUAUCAUUGUUAAUGCAUUUGUUUAAGCCUGUGGUACCAGAAGAAUCUCAGGCGUAAUUAUCAUCAUGUUACUGCUAGAUCAGGAACGAAACAAAUUGGCAAGAGUAUGGGGAAAUCUUAUUUUUCUUCUACAGAGGUUCUACUUGGCAUGAAUAGAUAGAGAAUUCAGUCCCCAGUGCUGUUCAGAAGGUAAUUUAAUAAGCAUGCAAGUCAAAUUAGAAAAAUGGACAUCUCUGUAUACAGCUUGAUUAUGUUGAUUCUGUGGAAAAUCUAAUAUGGGCAGAUAUUUUAAAUAUGUUUGACACAACUGUGAAAUAAAACUACACCAUUUUGAGCAA